AAAUUAAAUUGAUUAGUCAGCUAAUUGGUAACAAGAUCGCCAUCUUAAAAAUGAAAUAAGUGAAAUAUAUUUUUGACGAAUAGAAAGAUGGCUCCUUGUAAAAUUCAACAUUACUUAAUAAAUUUGGAAUGAUAAUUUUCUACUUAUCACUCUUAUUCUCGGCGCAGUCCAUUAUUUCUGGACAAUGUCAAUUACCGGAUUCGCCGUGUCCGAAAUAUUUUCGCUAUUAUUAUGAUGAGAAAAUUUGCGAGAUUAUGGGAAUUGUGGAAAUUCCACCGCCAUUACCAAGACAAGUUCCUCUAAUGUUACGAGUGGCAUUUAAUUUUCUUUCCAUUUUACCGGAGAAACACAAUGGAAGUUUAGAAUUUAUUAAACCGCAGAACGUUUAUGCUCCGGUUCAACAGGCAAUUGACGAAGGAAAAUCGCUAUUUUAUCGAAUUCGAUUUCCUGUACAGCAACCGUUACCAUUUAUUAAAGAAAUUCAUUUUAACAAUCAACUCAUGUGUGUUGGUCCUGCAGAUAAAUGGCCAAUUGUUAACAUAAUUGAUUAUGCAAAAAUUCUCUAUCCUCCGGGAUUUCUCUUUCGAUUCAAUAAUCAAGUUCCGCUGAAUAAUAAUAAUAAUAAUAAUUCAAAUUUUUCUUUGAUGACACCAGCAAAUGAAAAUGUGAGAAUUGAGAGAAAUUGUGGCUCAUCGAAAGUCACAAAUUUAUCAAUUCUUUAUCUUAAUGAAAAUAGUGAUAAAACAUAUCCUGGUCAAUGGCCUUGGUUGACAGCAAUUUUUGUACGAUCAAAAACUACAUUUGAAUUUAAAUGUACCGGAAGUCUCAUUACUCCAAAACAUAUUAUUUCAGUGGCCCAUUGUUUUAUACAAAAUAGAGCAAAAAUUGUUGACGAAGUGUACGUUUAUCUUGGCAAAUAUUAUCUUGAUGUUGAAAACGAAUUGGAAUCGGUGGGACGAACAAUUUCUGAAAUUAGAUAUCAUCCUGAUUAUAUACAAAUUCCAUAUCCACAUUCUGAUUCGGAUUUAGCAAUUCUUGUGUUGUCAAAUUCUGUUAAAUAUACAAUGAAUGUUCAACCAAUUUGCUUAUGGGAUGGAGCAAUUGAUUUGGAGAAAAUUAUUGGCAAAUCGGGCAUUGUUGUGGGAUGGGGAAAAUAUGGUGAAAAUUUUAAUGGCGAACCACAAAUGAUGAGUGAAACAAUUGUCUCACAGGAAGACUGUUUACGCAGCAAUAUUGCGUUUCUAAUUAUAACGUCAAAUCGAACAUUCUGCGCUGGUAAUAGAAAUGGAAAAGGUCCAUGCAAUGGAGAUAGUGGAAGUGGACUACAAAUAUUGAAUCCCGAAACUGGAAAAUACCAUUUACGUGGACUCGUGUCGUUGUCAUUGUCCGACAAUGAAAGAAAGUCCUGUGAUUUAAAGCAAUAUGUUGUUUAUACUGAUCUUGCGAAACAUCGUAACUGGAUAGAAAAUGCAAUUUCUGACGUAUAACAUUUUUGGUAAAAUUAUUUUUUAUAACUUUUAAAUUCUAUUUAUAAAAAUAAUUAUUAAUUCCCAUAAUAAUAUAAUUAUUCAUCUAUAUAUUAUUUUUAUAAAAUUAUUUUAA